AUGCCGUCGCCGUCACCCGGUAGCGGCGCAUCUUCGCCGCUGCGCGAUGCUCGUCGUUCACGCUUCACAUACCGGCAGCUUGCUCAGCUGGCGACUUACAGCACAGCCACUCCUCUGCGUGUUGUUGCUCAUAUAGACCUCGAUGCAUUCUAUGCACAGUGUGAGAUGAUUAGACUCGGCGUCCCGGAAGACAAGCCCCUCGCCGUGCAGCAGUGGCAAGGACUCAUCGCCGUCAACUAUCCCGCAAGGAAGUGGGAGAUUGGACGUCACUGUAAUAUCACCGAGGCCAAGAAGCUGUGCCCGGAAUUGAUUGCACAACACGUCGCCACUUGGAGAGAAGGCGACGACAAGUGGGCGUAUCGAGAUGAUGCGGCUGCAAAUAUUGCAACGGACAAGGUGUCUCUUGAUCCGUACCGCUUGCAAUCGAGGAAAAUUCUGGCAUUGGUCAAGGAUUCCCUGCCAAAGGACCUCCAGAAAGUCGAAAAGGCAAGCAUCGAUGAAGUUUUCCUAGACCUCUCGGCCCAAGUUCAUUCGGAACUUUUGCGCCGCUUUCCAGAGUUGUCGAGUCCGCCUCCAUCCGGUGAUGUAGCUGAAAGCCUUCCUUUCCCGUCUGCUGCUGCCCUCGACUGGCGAAAUGACAACCUUGUUGUGCUUGACGAGGACCAGGAAACUCUCGACCCGGACUGGGACGACGUGGUCAUACUGCUGGGUUCUGAAAUCGUCCGUGGCGUUCGCGCGGAAAUACGGGAAAAACUGGGAUAUACCUGUUCCGCUGGCAUCGCGAAUAACAAGCUGGUCAGCAAGCUAGGCUCGGCUUUCAAGAAGCCUAAUGCUCAGACAGUUGUACGCAGCCGAGCUGUGCUGCCAUUCCUGACAGGAAUCAAAGUCACCAAGAUGCGGAACCUUGGAGGCAAGCUGGGAGAUCAAGUUGUUUCUACAUUCGGCACAGAGAGUGUCAAGGAGCUGCGCGAUAUCCCGCUGGACCAGAUCAAGGCGAAGCUCGGCGACGAAACCGCCGUCUGGCUCUACAACACCAUCAGAGGAAUCGAUCUCAGCGAAGUGAAUUCGCGAACUCAAAUCAAAUCUAUGCUCUCGGCCAAGUCAUUCCGCCCCUCGAUCAAAACUCCGGAGCAGGGAAUCAAGUGGCUCCGGAUUUUUGCGGGCGACAUCUAUUCCCGCCUGGUUGAAGAAGGCAUACUGGAACACAAGAGGUGGCCACGCACAAUCAAUCUUCACCAUCGGCACGCUGGACAAACGCGCAGCAAGUCGAGCUCGAUCCCCUCAGGCAAACCCCUGGAUGAGCAAGCCCUCUUCGCCCUUGCUAAAGAGCUAUUCUAUCAAAUCAUUGCCGAGGGAGACGUCUGGCCCUGUGCCAACUUGAGCCUGAGUGUUAGCGGGUUCGAGGAAGGUGUCAAAGGCAACAUGGGCAUCGGUGCCUUUUUCAAAAAGAGGGAGGAAACACCUCCACGACGGUCUAUCGAUACCGUACCAAACGAAAGUUCGAUCAUGGAACAACAGAGCAAGAAGCCACGAGUUGAUAAAUCUAGCAUCCAACAAUUUUUCCACAAACGACCAGCUGGUGAUCAAGGCCCUCUUCAAGUGAAGGAACACCUCGACGCCAACCAGCCACAGCCCGACGACGCCAAAUUCUCCUGGCUCGAUCAAGAAGGGAAUGACGCGGAUAAGUCAAGCCACGGCGUAAUAGGGCUCGAGGAUUCAGCCCAUCUCGCAAGCCUAUCCUGCCCUAGAUGCAAAGCUAGGUUUGGCGACGAGAUAUCAUUGCAAAGUCACCAAGAUUGGCAUUUCGCCAAGGAUAUUCAGGACAGUGAACGUGUCAAGCCCACAUUUGCUGAUCAGCCAGCCACUUCCCGGGGCCAUCCACCAAAGGGCUCUGGCCAGGCUUCUAAACGUGGGCGCGGAGGCUCAAAGCUUGAGCAGGGGCAAAGUAAGCUCACGUUUGGAUGA